UUAACGCGCAUGCAGAUCUUCAACGAAGGACCACAGACUUGCUUCGGACUCGCGGGAUACGUACUACCAUGCACCUUGCAGCUGUCGCCUGGGCUUGCGUCGCAUGGCUCGCCGCCGCCACGAUGGCCGCGCCGACCAGCUUUUUUGACUUUGUCGUCAAGGGCGUCGACGGCGCCGACGUGCCACUCUCGCGCUACGCAGGCUCCAAGGCCAUCUUGGUUGUCAACGUGGCCAGCGCAUGCGGCUUGACCGACUCCAACUACCGCGAGCUGCAGGCGCUGUACACCAAGUACCACGACCAAGGCCUCGAGAUCCUCGGCUUCCCGUGCAACCAGUUUGGGGCCCAAGAGCCUGGCACGAUGCGCGACAUCCUCGCCUUUACGCACGGCUACGACGUGACGUUUCCCAUCUUCCAAAAGGUCGAUGUGAACGGCCAAGACGCCGAUCCCGUCUUUGCGUACCUCACCUCCGUCUUGGCCGGCUCCAUUACCAACGACGUCAAGUGGAACUUUUCAAAGUUCCUCCUCGCGCACGGCCGCCCGUAUGCGCGGUACGCGCCGACCACGUCGCCCGCUGCCAUCGAAGACGCGAUCGUCCGCAUCCUCUCCAGUCAAAGCCACGACGAACUCUGAGCGUUCUUCUGUCCCUAUCCACAUGACAAUCUAUCCAUCCAAGACUGUUGAAUAGUAUUUGGAUACUAUUCGAAUGUGCCAAGACGAGACGCGUCGCA